AUGCUCUAUGACAUCAUUCGCGGCAUGCCACUCGGCCUCUACCUACACCUAAGCCUUCCACGCGGAUUGCCCCGUAUUCUUUGCGAAUGGCUCGAUAUCCCAUUGCUCUAUUUUGGUUCAUUGAGCGGACAAACUUCGGUUCUUUCUAAUAGCCUCGAAAAACGAGAACAAGAUGAAGACGAUUUUAUGGAGGAUGAAGCAGUUUCGGCCACUGAUGAUGAACGGGAAACUGACAUGAUAUCAAAGUUGCAGGGUUAUGCAAGCAGGGGUAAAAAUCCUAGUUAUUGUGCGAACGUGGGACAGACAUACAGGAAAGGAACUCCUAGAAGGCCUCAGCUGCGUUCCAGCCGUGGAAAGACCUCAGCUCUUAGCCCAUCUAGAGACCGUGUCCAAAGUGCUGCUGAGACGGAUUCGCCUGUUAUCACUGCGCCAUUUCAAAUGAUCGCUCGCCUGUCGGAUCAUGUACGCCGGUUCGGCGGCCGCUUGCCUUGUCGUAAUCCGAAGGCCUUGCACCGUCUUGUCACACCUAUAUGUCAGAUUAAUCUUCCAGGAGGUGCCUGGGGCAGUCUCGGGAAAUGGCUACUUAGUCGGAAUCAUAUACGCAAAGUAACUCGAGGCAUCGAAGAGCUGGCGCAUCAAAACCUCGUUUCCAUCGGUGAAAUGCCGGCUUGGACCUCCAAGAAUUUAUUGGCGAUUUUUAUUCAUCCUCGAGCAAGCCUCCUAGAUACUCGAUAUGCUGCACCUGGUCGCCGAGUAUUGACUGACAUAAGCAAAUGUGGAAAGCCGCUCAGCUUUGAGUUCACUUCCCCUGAAGAGGUUAUCAGGUACUGGAAGACAUGUGAGCUCAUAUCGCAGGACACUCCACUCGGGUAUCGAUGUGUCAAAGAUCCCAUCGAUGUGUGCCGCUCUGUUUUGCCGAAUCCGUCCACUACUCCUAUUUGCCCAUGUCCUUCAGCUAUUGGUGACCUGCCAAAACCUGUAUGGCAUGAGACUACAUUCGCUCGCCUCAAAGAACUUGGCCUUAUAGUGAUUGAUCCCACCUCCAGACCCCCUGUUGACACCGAAAGUGCUAUUUCCGCCAUUGAUUCUAUCUGCAACUCGGAAAGCCUAAGGGCCGAGGCAACAGUAUCAAGCCCAUUGGGGCACACUACCAAUCUCGCUGUUCUAUCUUCGACCACCAGCAAUGAUGUUAUCCCAUCAAGUUCUCCAGCCCACACUUGCCUAAUUUACGGUGCAUGUGGAUUUCAUCCACUCGAUUUCUGUUUUAUUCCACGCAACUGGACUGAGCAGCGCCUCGGUUACGCUGUAAUCACGCCAGAUAGUUCUGUGUACAAGGCUUUGGCGAAGAUCGAAAUGAACAUGCAACAGCAGUUCCAGAAGGCUCAGCGGCAACAGAGUUUGCAAACAAGGUCGAUUCGUCGGUGUCGUAGUAUUGCCUCAAAGCCGUCGGUGUUAUCGAAGCUCCCCUCUAGCAUGCGAGAACUGCCAUCUGUUCAGCUACCUGUACCUCCCUUGAGCCUUCAAGGUCUUACAAUCAAACUGAUUUCCAGUUUGUCUUCGUUAAAAGGAGCAAUAGUUGCUAUCCUUGUGGAGCAUGGCAAUUGUUCAUGGGCUCCACUUUCGCGUCGCCGUUCGCGAAUGGUGGUCACAGAAGAGGGUGAAGACGAAUUUGAAGGAGACUACGAUGGAGAGGACGGAUAUUUUGAGCAGGAUGAUGAUUAUUAUAAUGAAGAGGAUGCUUGUUGCACUUAUAAAGAUCAAGAAGAAGUGGAAGGUGAGGAAGGGAGUGUCUUAGAUGAGAUACAAACUAAACGGGAGGGAAAUGGACAGAUUAGUACUGGUUGGAAAGGCAAUCUGAGGUCAUCAUCCAAUUCUAACUUUCCGACAUCAUCCUUGCCAAAGGACUUAAAUGGCCAGAUCAAAUUCAAGCAACAACAUAUGCUCAAUCAAUUAAAGGCUUGGCUCCACCUGCUGAGUCAUAAGAUUCGCGCAUCACAAGAUGUCUUCUGGCCCUGGCCAAAUAGACUAUUUGGCAAGUGUGGUCGUUAUCAAGACAAACCAGAGUCGUCUAGUGUUGCUGAAACUUAUGGCAAUAAAUCAUAG